AUGUCUGAGCACGAACACUCGCACGACAACUUUGAGGAAAAGGUGGCGGCGAUGGACCACCAGCCAAAGCGAGAGAUUGGCAUCUCGUCCUACUUCCUCCAAAAGUACGGCAACAUCUUCCGCAAUGACUACCCGAGCAAGAUCAUCAAGCACAACAUCGGCUUGACGCUCUUCUCUGGCAUCUACACCCUCCUCGUCUGCCUCGGAGCCUACGCCAUGCCCCUCUACUUCUUCGCCUUCCUCCUCUUCUCCUGCUGGGCCUUUUGGCUUACAGUCGGCAUCAUCUUCACCGUCGCCACCCCCUUCGAGGCCGGAUCGUGCGGAACCAGCAGCGCCAUCUGGAGUCGCUUCACCGGGCAGUGCAAGUACUACGUCGGCGCCGAGGCGCUCGCGUGGACGCUGUUCUCGCUCUUUACGAUCUGGUUCAUCCUCUUUGUCGUCGAGAUCACCGUCGGGAAGAAGCAGCACAGGCGUCGCACCGUUCUCGGCGAGUAA